UUUUAUGUGCUACAAUCAAAUACAAAACGUAGGCUGUUUAUUAAAUAGGCUGUAGGAUAUCUUUGCAGCAACUCUAUGGCUAUGGAAGGUGUUGAUGAAACUGGGAUUAUUGCGGACCCACCCGUCAAUUCACAACCUGCCGGCGACGUGGAUGAAGAGAGGGGUUCCCUCUUCGAUGUAACAUUUCUGGACCACGACUUUCCAGGUGCUGAGACGGAGACCCCGACCCGCAAGACCUACCAGGAGUUCCAGCCCAAAGCACUGGGGGUCUCUCAGAUCACGUUGGGUGUGUUUGUGCUCAACUCAGUUUAUGUCAGUGUCGCCAACCGAUUGGAUCAGAGAAAUGAAGAAGUAACCAGGGCAAUAGGCUCCCUGUCUGCGAUAGUGGCGGGAAGUGUGGCCAUAGCAGCACAGAGUCUUCAUGUUCCCACACUGAAGGCGUGUCUGGGGACACAGCUGGCUGCCUGCCUUAUGGCCAUGUUCAACGUGGUCGUCGUAGGAGAAAAGCUGUCUGACACCCACUUAGUGCCAGACUGCUGGCAUUUCACUGAUUACAACAACACACAUCAUCAUCACACCACCUGCGACAAGCUGAUGAAUGCAGUGUAUCCAUUCUAUGUCGAGUGGUUCCUCGUGCACGCUACUCUCCUCGGCAUCUCUGUUACCCUGACUAUCUACAGCUGCAAGCUGCUCCGCUUCUGCUCCCCUGCAGCACCCAGCACGCCUGUGGUCACUGCAUAUACUAGCCCAGCUCAGUGAGAAGAGAUGAGGUACAUAGAAAGGAACCUAAAGCCAUCAUGAGGAGACACUGAUGGGUCUAUCUAGCCGUGCACUUUCUUCAAAUCUAUUUGUCACUAUGUUUUCUGUCUUGCACAUACACUUGAUGUUGAUGAUAUGUUAUAUUACAGUGGGGGGAAAAAAAUAUU